GAGGGAGUGUGAAGCCAGAGGGGGAGGGAGGCUCGCAGCCACUCCGCCCCUGAGCGUUGAGCGUCCACGUGAUUAAGCCCUGGAAAUGUGAUCGGCGUUUCUUCGAGGUGGACCUGCACGAGCCUGAGCCUUCCUCGGGCUGAAGUGACGUCUUGGCGGAGAAGAGAUUCGGCGAGGAAGGAAGGCUGGGAGGACACGGACGGAAGAAGGACAGGGAGUCAGUAGGGUAAAGGGGCCACGCAUGGGGGACAUGAGUGGCCCGUGAGUUCUGAGGAGGAACUGCUUGUUGUGAGCGUGAGGGCGUGGGCGGCUAUAAUGAAAGGUGAGCCCAGCGUGGCGGCCAUCAGCGGGUCUGCGGUGAGGGAGGAGCCUGCCGCACCGCCUCACCUGACACCGGGCUCGCAGUCGUCCCCGCCUGCGGCCGUGUCAUUCCUCCACCAUUCGCGGCACCACCACGCUGGCCUUCUGCGUAGACUCUCCCGCUACGCCUCCAGGGUGGUUCCCCUCGGCGCCAUACGCGAGCACGAGACGAGGAUCCUGCCGGAGGGGGACGCCGGCGCCGGCGCGGCCGCCCCCACGUCCUACGGCGCCACCAUGGACGGCACCAACGACCUGCAAGGAGGUGGAAGCAGCCGGGGCGCCAGACGCAGGCGGAACGCAGAGGGCGCCAAGGACGGGACGUCGUCGCCCCGCGGAGACAACAUUCCCGUGUGCCACCUGGCCAGGUCAGACAGCUACGAGCGCGCCAUCAGCAGGAACCUGGCGACGUCCUCGCGGGAGAGCUUCACGAAGCUCCCCGCCCCCGCCAAGAGGACCAAGGCCCGCGCACCCUCCAGGCCCUCCUCCAGGAAGAAGUCCAACGUGUCGGACGUGUCCCGUUCCUCCAACACCUCCAACGAGUCCAACACCGCAGGGACGCACACGGGCCUAGCGGGGGGAGAGUCGCGGGCGGACCCCCCCUCUCCGGGCGAGGCGCUUCGGGGGGCCUUGGUGCCGCCCACCGCCGCCCCCAGAUACUCCCUCAAGAAGUCCUUGGACCAGCCCGAAGAGGGCGGAGGAGGCAGCGAAUACCCGUACUUGAGAGAGAUGAAGGAGCGCCUCUUGCUGUCCAGGGACCCGCCACUGGCCAGCAUGGACGAGUCGUCGCCCCACGAUGCCGCCGACAACCAGGUCCUCGAAGUGCACCACACGCCCGUUGGCACCGUCGUCAAGCUGAACGCGGACGGCUACGGAUCGCACACCUCGCCGACGCACCGAGCCGAGAGCUUCUACACGGGCACUCUGGAGUCUCGCCGGGGACUCGAGUACUACCCCAAGAAUGCCAAGACGUCGACCUUCAUCACGCUGAGCCUGCUGUACGCGACCUUGCUCGUGGUCGUGUGUCUGGGCUUCGUGCUCUCCGAGGUCCUCACGCACAAUGUCCCGCUCUACUACUACGAGGCUUUCUUCACGUACCUGUACGGAAUCAGCAUACUGUUCCUGCUGUACGUGUUCUGCUACCUCCUGUCGGGCUCUGCGAGGGAGAAGAAGCCUAAAAAACCCCAGGUCUUUAUGGGUCACCACUCUGGCCAGUACAAUGUGUCCGAGUAUGAAUAUUACGCAUACAAUGAGGGGGUGCUGCAGAAGGUGCGGCAGCCUGAAGGUGUACCAGAUGGUUCGCCAACACAGGAGAAGCUCACCUCUUCAUCAAGCUGCAGCAAACCACGCAAGCACAAGACCUCUGACAACGAGCACAGCCAUGGAUCUUUCUUCCUCAGGAUUGGUGCCAUUGCCUUUGGUCUUGGCACUAUGAUCUACAAUGGACUGGAGUUUGGUGUGUUCUUUGAGAUACCCACUUCAUCCCCAUGCUACCAAAUCUUGCGAGGGGUGAACCCACUGCUGCAGCUGGUGUUCACUUUCAUGCAGAUGUAUUUCGUCUUCAUGAAUGCCAGGCUGAACAUCCACAAGUUUAAAUUCCUUGCCCGAUUUGGCCUGAUGCACAUCGUUGCAACCAACUUGUGCGUCUGGGUUCGUACUCUGGUGAGGGAAAGUCUGAAGGAGAUCAACGAAUUCAAGGUAUCUCAAGGACAGAGGGGAGAAGACUACAUGAUUCUAGAGGGUAUUCGACGAGCACUGGCAAAUCGUGGCCUUCUGGCCCCCAACAGGUACCUCUAUAAUCUGGACGAAUUCGUUGAAAUGCAGGAAAUCAAUGAGACCUUGCAGCAGGAGAGCUCUUGGGUGACUGAGGAGGACAUCGUAAACCGUACCUGCGGACGUGUUGAGAUCAUGGGCUCCAUUGUCUCGGACUCAGCUCCUUACCUGUACCCAUUCAUCAUUGAGUAUUCUCUCAUCGGGGCCUCUGUGCUUUAUAUCAUGUGGAAACACAUUGGUCGCAAUCCAAGGUUUGUCUAUGAUCCUGAAGUCGCUGGGGACGGGAUGUCAGUGGUGUCACGCCGUUGCCAUUCACGUGUGGACUGUGUUGGCGCCAGCAAGGGCCUGUUCUGUGGACUCCUUGUGUUGGUGGCAUCACUUAUCUGCCUCAUCCUCUUCUUUGUCCUAGUCAACCGUGAUGAACUCAAGAUGCUGGCCAUCUAUCUGGCUGAUUGUUCCCACUGUGGCAUCAUGUUCUUCAGCAUCAUCGCUAUGUUUAUAGGCUUUUUCAGAGUUCGUCAAUUGAAAUUCCAUGGAGAACGAGAAGAGGAACUGGAUGACAUUCUCCUCAUGGUCUCAGCCUUUGGUCUCUUUGCAUAUGCUGUGUUCUCAGCUGUUGCUGGAUCUCUCUCAGCUUACACCAAGGAACCAAACUUACUUGUGAUGGUUACAGGCAUUCUUUCUGUGCUCCAGGUGAUUAUCCAGAUGGUAUUCAUCAAGGAUACACAGCGCCGCCAGGUGUCACUACCUGAACACGAACGAACAAAACCCGGUCGUCAAGUUGUUACGUUCCUGCUCAUCUGCAACUUGACCAUGUGGGUCAUCUACACCUUUGAAACACAAAAGGUGGAAGCAAAUCCUGUCCAGUUGGAGUUCUUUGGAGACCUACCAUGGACCAUCCUCCUGCGUUGCACGCUGCCCCUGGCCAUCUUCCACCGCUUCCAUUCCACAGUGGUCCUGGCUGCCAUCUGGAAGAAUUCAUACAAGACCCGUAUUGAAUGAGGUUUGCCGGGAAGGCCGCCGCCCACCACGACGGUCCACAGCAUCAGUAGUUGCUUUAUCCAUACCAACGGAGUGGCCCGAGGGGUCCCAGAGAACCCACCCCCGGAGCUGGAACCCAUGCUUCACACACCCACUAGUCCCCCACCUGCCCUGGAUCAACGCUCAGAACAUAAAGUCUCUCUAUUCAGUAUCAUAUGAACAGUAUCUGUUUCAGUCAAUGGUCCAGCAAGAUGCUAUUUGGAGUAUUUACUCAUGAUAGGUUACAGUAAAUAUUUCAUCAAACAGGGUUUGCAUACACAGCAUAUACUGAAGUUGUUCUACAUCAAAAUGUGCCAUUUUCAAUGGAAAAUCACGAAGAGUACAAGCAGCAAUGAUGCUAUGGACAAAGUGUUAUUUCUUAAUAUUGUAUUAGGUGUUACUCAUGAGCAGUUUCCUGCAUUUCAAUGAAGGAAAUUUCAGUGUUUUCAUGUGAUGAUUGAUAUAUUGGAUUUACAGUAAUCUGUUUCUUAAAUCAGUGAUCAGUAUUUCCGGUGUAACUGCGUGUGAAGGCUACCAGACUCUGUGUUGUAAGUUAUGCCUCAAAGCUGUAAAUACUGUAGAUGCUUACCCCGAGCUUUAAGUCAGGCAACUGCUUUUUGUUAUCCGCAGUAAUAGUGUACUUUAGGCUAAGUCGCAUGGAGAACUCACCUACCCUUAGCUCGUGGGUCCUGAUCAAGCUUUUUUUUCGACUAUUGCAAAUUUUAUGCUGUUCAAAUUCAACCUGUGCAUGAUAUAAUACAUUUUACUUGCUUUUAGAGUAAAACUGCAAUGAAUUUGUAAUGAACAGACAAAAAAAUCAGCUGGUCGAGAUCCACCAAAUAAAUGUGUUCAGAAUGAGUCUCCGGCAGCUACAAAAAGUCACAAAAAAGUUUCAGUUUUAGUUUCUCUCAAUUUCCAAGAUUUGUAUAUACAUUAGGCUCACUCCACCAUGUGUUUUAUCCAGCAGCACUUUCCCAGUUAUGUUUAUACAUUAGACCUAGAACUCCUGCUGCAGUAGAGAUGUGUUGCACCAUGUAACACAAUGGCUGCUUUUGUAAAUACCUUAUAGCUGUCUUGCUGUGUGUUUGACCCAUCUCAGUAUUUCUCCAUAGUACAUGAUUAAUGGUAUUUGUGCAAGGUGGAAAGUAUUUCAUUUAUGAUGUCCAUUUUAUAAUAUGAAUGGAAAUAUUAUUGUAGUGUGAUGUAUUGUUCACACAGUACUUGAUGAGAUUCAGUGUCAGUUACUAGACUUCAGAGAGGAAGCUCAUAGGGGCAUUAGACACCCCAGCUGAGUGUGCUAACAUACUGUCUGAGUUCAUCAAGUAUUUCUUUAUUCAGAACCAUUUGUAUGAAGUGUGUGUUCAUUGUACCUGUCCCAUAUUAGACAAGAGCUACCGAGAAUACCCAUUAAUUUUAUCAAACUUAUCCCUUCUUCAAAAAUCUGUAAAGGUUACUGUGAAGACAAUAAUGCAUGGAAACCCUAUUUUCUGGUAAGUGAUUCAUUAUCAAAGUAUAGAAUAUAUUUUUUGGUCCCUUUUGUUUCUCUGUAGCUAGUAGCUUUAACGAAUCUCUUUGAUGAGUAUGUGAGUUAUUGACCAUAUAAGAUAAAACUUGUGUACAACUUAUUGUGCAUCUCACAUUUUGGGGUUUGGAAACACGACAAUAAGUAGGAUGACCUGUAGCAAAGUUUUACAUGGAUUUUGCAUUUUUUGAAUAUGCGUAAUUUUGUAUUCACGAGCAAGUCAGAAACCGGACUGUUCUCAUUUUGCAAAAGACUUGUAGCCAUGACUAGUAGCUCUUUUGUGCGUGGCAAGCCUCUGUGAGUUUCAUCUGGAGCAAGUCUUCAAGCCGUGUUAUACAAGAAAUGUGGCCUGGAGUGCACUACCAUGUUGUGGCUUCAUCAUCACUAUUGGUCUGUUGCUAAAGUUUUAGCAAAUUUACACUGCCAUUAAUUUCCAGCAUCAUAAAAAUUAUGAAAAAUACCCUGGUUAUUGUGAUCUUUCUUCAAAGUGGACCAUUUUCUGCCAGGUUAACAGAUGCUCAUAAUUAUCCCAUCGAAAUGAUGAUGGAUUUUGCUAGGACUUGGUAGACAGGCCACAGACUAUGUUUAUUGCAUUAAAUAUAAAUGUUCGUACCAUAACUCGACUAUCUGUAUCCCUAUGACUUGUGUGUGCUUACAUGAAAAUCACUUGAGUGUAGACAUUGUUUAAUGGUGCAGUAUCUUCUGUCAAGUAAAUUGUUGCUGAAUGUGAA